CCCGGCGUGCUCCGCGCCAGCAUGGCGGCUGCUUUCGCGGGGGUGACUUCGGUCGUCGCUUUCUGCCGUUAGCCGCCGGUACUCCUUUCUCUUCCGCAAGCUUGGAGCUCGUGGCGGGAGCCGGGUCAAGGGAGGGUGUGGCUGCGACGUUGAGCGGAGCCCACGGGGACCGGGGCUGGCCGCUGGCGGGAGAAGAUGGCUGAGGGCGAGCGGCAGCCGCCCCCAGAGUCUUCAGAGGAGACUCCUCCAGCCACACAGAACUUCAUCAUUCCAAAGAAAGAGAUCCACACAGUUCCGGACAUGGGCAAAUGGAAGCGUUCUCAGGCAUAUGCUGACUACAUCGGAUUCAUCCUCACCCUCAAUGAAGGUGUGAAGGGGAAGAAGCUGAGCUUGGAGUAUACAGCCUCCGAGGCCAUUGAGAAGUUGGUUGCUCUUCUCAACACCUUGGACAGGUGGAUUGAUGAAAUCCCCCCAGUGGACCAGCCCUCUCGCUUCGGGAACAAGGCCUUCAGGACCUGGUAUGCCAGGUUGCACGAGGAAGCAGAAAACUUGGUGGCCACAGUGGUCCCCACCCACCUGGCAGCAGCUGUGCCUGAAGUGGCUGUCUACCUGAGGGAGUCUGUGGGCAACUCCACACGUAUCGACUACGGCACAGGGCAUGAGGCGGCCUUUGCCGCUUUCCUCUGUUGCCUCUGCAAGAUCGGGGUGCUGCGGGUGGAUGACCAGAUAGCCAUUGUCUUCAAGGUGUUCAAUCGCUACCUAGAAGUUAUGCGGAAACUCCAGAAGACCUACCGGAUGGAGCCAGCUGGCAGCCAGGGCGUGUGGGGCCUGGACGACUUCCAGUUCCUGCCCUUCAUCUGGGGCAGUUCGCAGCUGAUAGACCAUCCGUACCUGGAGCCCAGGCACUUUGUGGACGAGAAGGCCGUGAAUGAGAACCACAAGGACUACAUGUUCCUGGAGUGCAUACUGUUCAUCACUGAGAUGAAGACUGGGCCGUUCGCAGAGCACUCCAACCAGCUGUGGAACAUCAGUGCAGUCCCUUCCUGGUCCAAGGUCAACCAAGGUCUCAUCCGCAUGUAUAAGGCUGAGUGCCUGGAGAAGUUCCCUGUGAUCCAGCACUUCAAGUUUGGGAGCCUGCUGCCCAUCCACCCUGUCACCUCCAGCUAGGAGGCCUGAGUCACAGAGCUACCCAGACUGGGUUCCUGUGCCCUUCCGACUCCAGCCCCACCCCCAUUCUUUCUAUUUGAGGAGAGGCUGUUUACUG